GGAGAUAGACGGUUGUCAGCGAGCGGAGGUCGGGUGUCGGCUGACCGGAUGAGAAGUUGUGUUUGUGGACUUUCUCGAUCUGUGUAGUUUUUAUUCCGCUUCCUUUAAGAGCAGAGAGAGGGAAGGAAAAAAAACAAAACAACAACAAAACAGACCAAGAAAGACUUCCUCAAGACAUCCGCAGAGCCGCUCUAGAGCCAGAGACAGCCGAGCGCAGCCAUGGGGAACCGGGGCAUGGAGGAUCUGAUUCCCCUGAUCAAUAAACUCCAGGACGCCUUCAGCUCCAUCGGGCAGAGCUGCAACCUCGACCUGCCGCAGAUCGCCGUUGUCGGCGGGCAGAGCGCCGGUAAGAGCUCCGUGCUGGAAAACUUCGUGGGCAGGGAUUUCCUCCCCCGUGGCUCUGGGAUUGUGACCAGGCGCCCGCUCAUCCUGCAGCUAAUCAAUGCAAAAGCAGAGUAUGCCGAGUUCUUGCACUGCAAAGGGAAGAAGUUUGUGGAUUUCGAGGAAGUCCGGCAGGAGAUCGAGGCGGAGACGGACAGACUUACCGGCACAAACAAAGGAAUCUCAUCCGUUCCCAUCAACCUGAGGGUCUACUCCCCCAACGUGUUGAACCUCACUCUCAUUGACCUGCCUGGGAUCACCAAGGUGCCUGUGGGAGACCAGCCGGUGGACAUCGAGCACCAGAUCAAAGACAUGCUGCUGCAGUUCAUCAGCAGGGACAGCUGCCUCAUCCUGGCUGUCACCCCGGCUAACACCGACCUGGCCAACUCCGACGCGCUCAAGAUCGCCAAGGAGGUGGACCCGCCAGGCCUGAGGACCAUCGGAGUGAUCACAAAGCUGGACUUGAUGGACGAAGGGACCGACGCGCGAGACAUCCUGGAAAACAAGCUGCUGCCGCUGAGGAGAGGCUAUAUCGGAGUUGUCAACAGGAGCCAGAAGGAUAUUGAUGGCAGAAAGGAUAUCCGGGCUGCCAUGGCAGCAGAGAGGAAGUUCUUCCUCUCGCACCCGGGGUACAGGCACAUGGCAGAGCGCAUGGGCACCCCUCACCUGCAGAAAACCCUCAACCAGCAACUGACCAACCACAUUCGAGAGACUCUGCCUGCGCUGCGGAAUAAACUGCAGAGUCAGCUGCUGUCACUGGAGAAGGAGGUGGAGGAGUACAAGAACUACAGACCCGACGACCCCACCCGCAAAACCAAGGCUCUGCUGCAGAUGGUCCAGCAGUUUGCAGUGGACUUUGAGAAGAGGAUCGAGGGUUCGGGAGAUCAGGUCAACACAAUGGAGCUGUCAGGAGGGGCUCGAAUCAACCGCAUCUUCCACGAGAGAUUCCCCUUCGAGCUGGUCAAGAUGGAAUUUGACGAGAAGGAACUCCGAAGGGAAAUCAGCUAUGCAAUUAAGAAUAUUCACGGUGUCAGAACCGGCCUGUUCACUCCAGACCUGGCUUUUGAAGCCAUCGUCAAAAAGCAGAUUAUUAAACUGAAAGAACCAUGCCUGAAAUGCAUUGAUCUGGUCAUUCAGGAGUUGAUCAAUACGGUCAGGCAGUGUACCAGCAAGUUGGGCUCGUAUCCACGGUUACGGGAGGAGACGGAGAGGAUCGUCACGACGUACGUCCGGGAACGGGAGGGGAAGACCAAGGAUCAGGUCCUCUUGCUGAUUGACAUCGAACUGUCUUACAUCAACACAAACCAUGAGGAUUUCAUCGGCUUUGCCAACGCUCAGCAGAGGAACAUGCAGACGAACAAGAAACGAGCCAUGCCGAAUCAGAGCUCGGGCCUUUCCCACUCAAGGCAAACUGUGAUUCGACGCGGGUGGCUGACCAUCAACAACAUCAGCAUCAUGAAGGGGGGCUCUAAGGAGUACUGGUUCGUGCUGACCGCUGAGUCUCUGUCCUGGUACAAGGACGAGGAGGAGAAAGAGAAGAAGUACAUGCUGCCGCUGGACAACCUGAAAAUCCGAGACGUGGAGAAAGGGUUCAUGUCAACGAAGCACAUCUUCGCAAUCUUUAACACUGAGCAGAGGAAUGUCUAUAAAGACCUGCGACAGAUUGAGCUGGCUUGCGAUUCCCAGGAGGAUGUGGACAGCUGGAAAGCUUCUUUCCUCAGAGCUGGGGUGUACCCUGAAAAAGACCAAGCAGAGAACGAUGAGGCGGGCCCAGUCGACACCUUCUCAAUGGACCCCCAGCUCGAGAGGCAGGUGGAGACCAUCCGCAACCUGGUGGACUCCUACAUCGGCAUCGUCAACAAGUCCAUCAGAGACCUCAUGCCAAAAACCAUCAUGCACCUCAUGAUCAACAAUGCGAAGGACUUCAUCCACUCGGAGCUCCUGGCGUACCUGUACUCCUCCGGGGAUCAGACCAGCUUGAUGGAGGAGUCCGUGGACCAGGCGCAGCGCAGAGAUGACAUGCUGCGCAUGUACCACGCCCUGAAGGAGUCGCUGAAGAUCAUCGGUGACAUCAGCACCACCACCGUGUCCGUGCCGGCCCCCCCGCCCGUCGAUGACACGUGGAUGCAGAAAGACCCCAGCCCGAACCUUCAGCACAGACCUGCAGGGGGCGUUCCGCCACCCAGCCGGCCCCCAGCAGUGAGGGGACCCACCCCCGGCCCCCCCCUCAUCCCCACCCCUGCCUUUGGGGCUCCUCCAAUCCCCUCGAGGCCUGGCCCCCAGCCCGCCUACGGCUCGGCCAGUCAGGACCCGUUCAGCGCCCCGCCUCAGAUCCCCUCCCGGCCGGCGCGUAUCCCUCCCGGCGUGCCCCCCGGUGUCCCCAGACGACCAACACCUACCAAUCGAGGCAGACCCAACCACUACUGAGAGCCAACACUGCAGCACCCCCCACUCCCACUCCCACUCCCACUCCCAGAGAGAGAGAGAGAGAGAGAGAGAUUGAUUGAUUGAUUGAUUGAUUGAUUGAUUGAUUGAUUGAUUACUCUACAAAGGAGAUUCGCACACCUUUGUGUCUGGCCCAGAACUUGGGCAUACCUGCAAGCUAAUGCCUACUGAUGUAAAAACAAAUGCCGCUUUAGGGUGUUAAAUUAAAAUGAGAUGCCAAAAAAUAUUGUCAAAUAUACUGCAACCUCCUGUUUGUUUUACCACCGGGCAGUAUACAGCCUUUAUAAAAGUUUCCCGCAGUAAAGGAGAGGCAAGCAUUGUAAAACGCGCACUGAGAUUGAAACCGCUUUCAUUAGAAGUAUUUUAUUUCAGUUCACUUGUAGGCGAACGUCCUGUCUUCUAUAGACCCCAGUCCGAUGUCUGUGCGGCAGGACAGUGAGCUAAAUGUAUGGAACAACAAAACUACAAAGAGAGUUCAGCUUUAAAUACUUAGAAUCCGGAGUUGAGGUGGGGAGGAGUGACGUAUUUCAUUUCUGUUCUUAAUAUAAUCGUGUAAACCCAAUGCUUUUGAAAUAGGAGAGACUGACUAGAGGAAAUGCAACUGAUUAAGGUGCAAGUAGUCUUUUUUUUCCAUGGGGGGAAAAUACCUUUGACCAAAGAAUUCAGCUUCAUUUUGUCCUUCUGUAGACGUAUUGUAUAAAACAUGCACCUGCUGGUUUUAAACUCAAAGUUGUAAUUAUGAUAAUUUUGCGUGUUUGUAAUAAAUUCAGAACCAAACAUUGUUUUCACCGUAUCCCAUAUUAAGCAAAUAGCAAUAAUGAGGCUUCGUCCGCGUGUAGCAUAAUGAAACAGAACAUGAAAGAUGAAUUGCCGUUUUAAAUAACUAUUUUAGUUUUUUUUUUAAUACGUCAGUCAAUUUUCUUUUUUGGUUUUGGACAUUAAAAUCGGGAUCUCUUGUUCGUUCCUCUCAGACAGAAGCUGUCCCUAUUUGUCUAACUCGAAGCUGGACUUUCCAACGCGUUUGUCUUGUAAACACAAAGCAAUGGGUUACUCAAACGCUCCUCUCAUUUCCAGGGUGAUUCGUAAACCGCACCGCGUUUGAAGACAGAACCGCACGGAGGUUCGUUCUGUUGUCCUAGCUCGCUGUCAAAUGUGCACAAAACUGUGCAGCUUGGGUUUGAGUGAAGUUUCUUAACAUCCUAAAUGGUAUAAAGUUAAACUGAGCCGGUACUUCAAAAUUAUCACAAGGCGCAGAACGAAGCAUUAAUGAAACCAAAGCAAGCUCAGAAUUGUUUUUACAUAGAGUUAUAAAUGCAUGAUAGAAACAGUCUACCCGGCGAGGUAUCUGAAACACUGGGAACAUUUCAAACCAGCGAGGCGGUCUGCUAUUAGACCCUGCUAGUCGUGGUGCAUGGUGUUUUAAGAAGGGAAAAGCCGUGACGGGCCGAACAGUCUCUUCUGUAAGGUUACCAUGUGGCUCCAGAUUAACCGGACGCUGUGAGACAGAACGGGAUUUCAAACUUGCCCCUAAAUUGAAAUAAAUGAAGGUGUAAAUGAACCAUCCUUAGCUACAAUUAAGAAUGGUGCUUAAAUACCUGCAUGCGCGUCAAAUAAUUGUAUUAAACUAAGAAUGAAUUGCAGCCAGUCGCUAUUUUUUUCUGUUUGUUAAAAUUCAAUCGCCCAUAUUAUUCUGCAAAUACAAUCGCAUCAUCAUCUCGUUGCUCUAUCGAUAAAUUAGCGAUUCGUUCAUUAAGAUCUGAUCAGAAGCAGCUGAUCGGUGUGAAUUGUUUGCUGCGCCCAAGCAAUUCCAUCACAGCAGGAUUAAUCUCAGCAAAGGUGGAGCUCAUUUAUACGUGAAUUACUUUCAAUUUAGGGGGAAUUUUGAAAUCCCGGUCUGUCUCGAAGCGUCCGGUUAAUCUGGAGCCAUAUGGUAACCCUAUUUCUGGCUCCAAAACGUUUCUUCCGUUCGUAUGUCUGAUUCCUGUUCACGGGAGACUGCGGCAUUUAUCCAAUGACUUGAAAACAAGAAUCAGACACCUUCGUCAAUAACGAGGGUUUCCUCUCAGCCAUAAAUAUAUGGAAACCGUAAAGCAAAAAAAAAAACCAAAAAACUUCUGUAAUAAUAAUGUUAUGUGUAUGUGCGUGCGUGUGUAGAUAUGUCGUGCAUUCAUUCAAAUCUAAUGACACUGUGAGUCGCUCUGUACCUGAUUAAGCUGCGUUGCUAAGCAGACACUGAAUCCAAGGAAAGCCACGCCAGCUGUUAACUUAGUUUUAAGCCCUCUUUGUCUUCCUUGCAUUGCACCCGAAUGCCUGAUGCGGGUACCUGAGAGAGAUCGUCGGCGUCUGAACCCGCUUUCUGACCCGUCCAGCACUUCCAGGUGUGAUAAAGGACUCAAACGCGCACGUUUGAAAAGAAACACUUGCAUGUAUUUUCAUGUUUAAAUCUUGCUAUCUUGUAACUAUUCAAAAUGCCACUCCCUGGGCGCUAUUUUGAAUCCUAAUUUUAAGAGAGGAACAAACUCUAAUGCUAAAGAGCUGGCACAAAACUACUCAAAACAAGAAUCGCUUCAGGCUUGUUUUGUACGGCGUGGUGCUCAAGUGCUCUCUGAAAAUACACCUUCAAAACAGGGCGCAUUAUUUAACACUGUUUGUUAUUUAUGAACUCAGUCAGCUCUGUAGGUGCCUAGUAGCCUCAUGUACUGUAACAAAGAGGCGUUACCUCGACGCAGGGCGCUUCACUGCUGUGGUGAACUUCCAAGCUGCUCAUUAAUAAGACGUUAGCACAACAGCAGCAGGAGUUUUGGAUGCUGGACUGUGCGGGAGUCCGAAUACCUGCUUCAAAGGGAAAGAAGUGAACUUCAAACGUAUCCUAAACGUUUGUGUUUUUUUUAAAAAUCUAUAGAUCUACAUAAUUUGUAAAAUGUAGAUGUCUACUCUAAAGCACUACAGCACUGUGUUUGUGGGAGUAUAUAACGGCAAUAUAUAUUGACGCAUGGAGAUCGUGUAAUGCGCCUCACAGCACAGGCUCUAUAGUCCACGGCUAAAUGAAUGCUGAACUGGAAACCUGUGUUUACUGAGCAAUCCUUAGAAGAGCCUUCAAUUAAAAGCCAGUCUUCUUUUGAAGCACAAAUCCUGAACGAAUGAGGAAAUAUAGAAUCACUGCGCAGCUCUUCUGUGCGCUAACCCACGAGGAAUAAUGCAGAAUUCUUUUUUUCAGGUUUUUUUCUUUGGGAGAUUUCUGGAUUCCUUUUAGAUUCAAACUGGAUUAUUUUUAUUUAGUGAUUGCUUCAAAGGGAGAUUCUUUGAUAUUAGAAUGGCAUGGUUUUCAAUACAACAGUAAAAUAAUACUAUAGCUCUCUUUAAAAAAAAACAACAGGCAUUCAAUUCCUUUUGAAUGUCAAAAUAAUCCUUUUAAAUACAGAAAUAUUCUUAAAUGCUUUUCCCUCUGUAGAUUCUGAUAGUGAUAGGAGGGGAGGGGCAUUCCUGAAAUCUUAGGGCAGCAGUGUGGAGUAGUGGUUAGGGCUCUGGACUCUUGACCGGAGGGUUGUGGGUUCAAUCCCCAGUGGGGGACACUGCUGUUGUACCCUUGAGCAAGGUACUUUACCUAGAUUGCUCCAGUAAAAACCCAACUGUAUAAAUGGGGAAUUGUAUGUAAAAUAAUGUGAUAUCUGUAUAAUGUAUAAUGUGAUAUCUUGUAACAAUUGUAAGUCGCCCUGGAUAAGGGCGUCUGCUAAGAAAUAAAUAAUAAUAAUAACAGGGGGUUUGUCAUCGAUACACGCGUCACGGAACUCAUUAUUCUGUCAGAGUUAUAAAGAAGCUAUCUUUAUCCUUUGGGGUGCCAUUCACCCGUUUUCUUUUUGUGUGUCCCUCCCCCCCUUCUAAUUUAAAUACAAACCUGUAACAACAAAUGGAAUUAUAAUCUUAAAAUUUGCAAUAAAUUCUUAACCUGUUAAAAGAC